UACUGUAACCUUAAUUUAUUUUAUCUAAAAAGAAAUACACACAGAAUGGCGAAUUUCACGCUUUCUCUCCACUCCCCCGGUCUAGAAAAUUAAAAAUAAGAAGGAUUUUUAGAAACGCUGACAGACGGAUAGUAAACUUGAAAGCAUCAGAUUUUACUCCGCCUGGCGAUUACACAUCUCCCCAGUUUUCGCCACGCUACAGGCGGCUCAUCCAUCCUCCUCCACGCUUCGCUUCGCUAUACACACACUUUGAUUUUCUCGUUUUCUAACCAAUUACACACCUUAUUUUAGCAAUUCGAAUUCCCGAGAUAUCCCAUCCGAUAUUUAACUCUCAAUUCUACAACGGUUAGAUUUUAGGGUCGUUUCCGCACUCUACAUUUCUUAUGGAAGAGAAAGUUAUUGUUUACGUUGAGGAUCUUUGAAGACAACUUUGUUUCUGUUUUAUAUGCGAAGUUUUUGUUUGGUGUUGAUUAGAGUUGGAGGAAUUGUUUGUUUGUUUGUUUGUGUAUUGAUUGAGUUAUCUACUGGUGGUGAUCGGCGUAGAUAGUUAUAUUUUUUUUUGACAUGGUUAGUGGAAAUUUAUUUCACCGUAGAAAGCAUUCUUGGCCGACUGAAGAGUAUAUCAGCAGAACAACUUUGCAGUUGUUUGAUUUUGAUAGUGCUGCCCCACCAGAGCAAGCUUGGAGAAGGAGAUUAAACAGCCAUGCUAAUCGUCUCAAAGAGUUCAGUGUUACAUUUGCUGAAGCAAUUAAAAUGGUUCGACUUGGUAUACGGCUAUGGUCCUAUAUCAGGGAAGAGGCCUCUCAUGGAAGGAAAGCACCUAUUGAUCCUUUCACCCGAAUAAGCUGUAAGCCAUCAGCAUCACAAGGAGUUCCUCUCGGGGGAAUGGGGAGUGGUAGUAUAUUGAGAGGUUUUAGAGGCGAGUUCAGGCAAUGGCAGAUUACUCCUGGUAUAUGUGAAGCUUCACCUAUCAUGGCCAAUCAGUUUUCUAUUUUUAUAUCUCGAGAUGGAGGAAACAAACAUUAUGCAUCUGUGUUGGCACCGGGCCAACAUGAAGGUUUAGGAAAAGCUGGUGAUCAGGGAAUAUCAUCUUGGGGCUGGAAUCUAAGUGGUCAGCAUUCCACCUACCAUGCACUAUUCCCAAGAGCAUGGACUUUAUAUGAUGGUGAACCUGAUCCAGAAUUAAAAAUAUCUUCUCGGCAGAUAUCGCCAUUCAUACCUCAUAACUAUAGAGAUAGUAGUCUUCCUACAGCUGUUUUUGUUUACACGUUGGUAAACACUGGGAAGGAAAGGGCAAAUGUAAGCCUUCUUUUUACAUGGGCGAACUCAAUUGGAGGACUGUCACACCUGUCAGGAGAUCAUGUCAAUGAACCCUUCAUAGGCGAAGAUGGAGUCUCUGGUGUACUUUUACAUCACAAGACUGCAAACGGGAACCCUCCUGUAACUUUUGCGAUAGCUGCAUGCAAAACCCAAAGUGUAAAUGUUACUGUUCUUCCUUGUUUUGGGCUAUCAGAAGGAAGUCAAAUUACAGCUAAGGAUGUCUGGGGUAGCGUAUGGCAGGACAGGCAAUUUGAUCAGGAAAAUUUCAGUUCUGGGCCAAGCGUGCCAUCAGCACUUGGGGAAAUGCAUUGCGCUGCAGUGGCGGCUUCUGCAUGGGUGGAACCUCAUGGAAAGUGCACUGUUGCAUUUGCUCUUGCUUGGUCUUCUCCAAAAGUAAAAUUUUCAAAGGGAAGUGUGUAUCAUAGGAGAUACACAAAAUUCUAUGGCACUUCUGAAAAUGCAGCUCAGGACUUGGUGCAUGAUGCUCUGAUGAAUUAUAAGCUCUGGGAAGAAGAUAUUGAGAGAUGGCAGAGUCCUAUCCUCAAGGAUGAAAAGCUACCAGAAUGGUACAAGUUCACAUUAUUUAAUGAGCUCUACUUUUUGGUCGCUGGUGGAACAAUCUGGAUUGACUCUCGUUUGCCCCCUUCAAACAGGAGAAAUGAGAGAAAAGAAGAGGGCACAGAUGUCAGAGUUAUUGAAUCUGAAGUUUCUAGUGUUGGAGUAAAUCAUACUACAAGAAGUAGCUUUCUAUGUGAAGAUGAACCAACAGUUAAUCAGAAUGGAAACAGUUACCACUCCCAAGACUCUUUCACAUUGUUGGAUUCACGAACAGACAUUGAUGAUGUUGGUAGGUUUUUGUACUUGGAAGGAGUGGAGUAUGUUAUGUGGUGCACAUAUGAUGUACAUUUCUAUGCGUCUUUUGCCCUCCUUCAGUUGUUCCCAAAGAUUGAACUUAACAUUCAGCGUGAGUUUGCAAAAGCAGUGUUAUCUGAGGAUGGAAGAAAAGUUAAGUUCCUUGCAGAGGGUAACACAGGAAUUCGGAAGGUUAGAGGAGCUGUUCCUCAUGAUUUGGGGACACAUGAUCCAUGGAAUGAGAUGAAUGCGUAUAAUAUACAUGAUACAAGCAAAUGGAAGGAUCUGAAUCCAAAGUUUGUGCUACAGGUGUACAGAGAUUUUGCUGCAACAGGUGAUAUGAUCCGGAUGUUACAUGAUAUGUCAUUCAGAGUUGAUGUGUGGCCUUCUAUCCGAGCAACAAUGGAGUACAUGGAGCAAUUUGAUAGAGAUGGUGAUUGUCUCAUUGAAAACGGUGGACUCCCUGACCAAACCUAUGAUACAUGGACGGUUCAUGGUGUUAGUGCUUAUUGUGGCUGCUUAUGGCUUGCUGCAGCUGCAAUGGCCCUUAAACUAGGUGACAAGCCCUUUGCUGAACUGUGCAGAAGCAAAUAUUUGAAGGCAAAAUCAGUUUUUGAAGAAAAACUAUGGAAUGGUACUUAUUAUAACUAUGAUAGUGGGUCAAGUAGUAACAGUAAAUCUAUACAAGCUGAUCAGCUCGCUGGGCAAUGGUACACAGCGUCCUCAGGCCUGCCUCCACUUGAUGAAAAUAGAAUCAGAAGCUCACUUCAGAAAUUUUAUGAUUUCAAUGUAAUGAAAAUUAAGGGAGGCAAGAUGGGUGCUGUAAAUGAAAUGCAUCCUAAUGGGAGGGUGGAUGAAACUUGCAUGCAGUCACGUGAAAUAUGGACAGGUGUAACCUAUGGUGUGGCAGCUGCAAUGAUCCUUGCUGGAAUGGAGAAUGAGGCCUUCACUACAGCUCAAGGCAUUUUUACUGCAGGCUGGUCAGAAGAGGGUUAUGGAUACUGGUUCCAGACUCCAGAGGCAUGGACUAUUGAUGGCCACUUCAGGUCGCUUAUAUAUAUGAGACCUCUCUCAAUAUGGGGUAUGCAAUGGGCACUAUCUAUGCCUAGAGCUGUUCUUGAGGCCCCUAAGAUCAAUGUAAUGGACAGAAUACACAUAUCCUCCUCUAGUGGAAGAUUUUCUUGCAAUGAAAUGGGAGUCAAACGGAUUGCACAUAAAGCAAAUUUUUUUGGGAAUUCAGCGUUCACUUGUUCAUAGAAAUUUUUCUUUUAUAGACAAGCAAUAAAAGACUGAGUUAUAAUGUAAAUAGCCCAUGGAGUUACCAAAUAUCAUGAAUCUUUUCACUGUUUUUAGUUUCUGCUGCUUAAAUUUUGUGACAUGCUACUGGAAAAUUGAAAAUGGGUAACACUAUUGUUAAUUUGUGUGGACAUUUUUAUUUAAUCUAGUACGUCCCGGAAAUGUUGAAGUCUACCUUACAUGUUUCAAAGGCAAUUCUUGAAGAGAUUUGUAGGUUUUGUGGACCGUCUCUCCUUGUAAUGAAAUUAUGGUGCUUUUGUUAUUGUAAUUUCAAGAGAACAUUUUUCAAGUAAUAUCUGAAUUAUUUUA